AUGGCUUUUCAUCAACCCACUAGACAAGCCGCUCAGCGGGUUUUCCACCCCGCUACCGAAGACGCGCAGCAUGCUCCUCAACCUGCCGUCUCGGCGGUCGAGGAGUCGCAGACUUGGGUGCUCUUCUCUCCAGAGACCGAUGCGGGCACCACUACGUCCUACCUCACGGAAACCCACCGUUCCGAGUUAACGCCUGGUCGUUCGCGGUUGAGUGAUCUGGGUAGCCUUCACACGGUCGCCCGAUCGCAGAGCAGUACAGAUCAACCGCGAUCUUCUAGUCUUGGCGCCUUAGAUGAAGACGAGGUGGAGGAGGACGACGCCGAGCUAGAUAGCCUAGACAGCCACCUCCCAGAGUUUCGGACAAUCCCUGCCCAUGGGUUGGCACCCAUCGUACCGGCUCACGAUGGUCUUGGAUCCUUUCGCUUGGAUCAUGAGGGGAUGGGCGCCGAUGUGCAGAACAGACUGUACGCCUUCGAGCAGUAUAACCCGCGUCGCGUGAAAAGGCGGCGCGAGAGUCUGGAGGUAGCCCAAGUGGAGGUGGACAAAGAGCAGGAGCAGGAAAUGGACAAGAUGCGGCGAAUCGAAGCAUGGAGAUUGGACCAAAGUCGCCUCCUCCUCGAAGAGAUACAACGGGAGACGCGUCGGCGUAGACGUUCUACCACCAGCACAACAGGUCUUCGGCCGGCUCUCGAAAAGGCCGAAGCGCACGAAACAACUACUACUGCGGAUGUGGACCUGGGAGAUGACGACGAAGCAUGGCAUGAGCAGCAAGCUGGCGACCUGGGAGAUAGCGAGAGUCUCUGGGGCCGCAUCACACGCAAAGUGAUUCGCGAUAUCAUGGGUAUUGAUGACAAAUUGUUGUCAGUACUAUUUGGGGAAGCGUUACCGGACGAAGAUGACUUGUCAACCACGCCAAAGGCCUCAACUGGAAUGCUUGAUAUUGCCGACGACAUCCCCAUGUCAGAUUCAGCAGAUUCAACCUGGCAAUUCAAGGUCCUUGAGCGGAUUGCAAAGGAACUUGGGACGCUUGUCCAUCAGAUGUCUGAGCAUCCUGGAGCGUUCUCGACUUUCACGCGGAUGCAGCAGAUGCCCAUCUCAUACGCUGGUCUGCCGCCAAUACCGGAGUCAGCAAAUGAUUUGGGUCACGCCUCCGUUACUCAAGAUGUUCAUACACCGAUAAUGCCCGAGUUCAAACCGACGAUCCCUUCGCAGACGCGCCCGAUAGAUGUGCCUAAUACCAGGGUGCUUCCCGGGUCUGCAUCAGCUCCGUCGCAUGUCCAAGGAGAGAAGGGCGGCAAUGGUGCCCCGACCUUCACGCAAGAAGAAUGGGAGCAAGAUCUGGAUGUGAGGCUGGUUUUCCGAUACCUGCGCUCGCGCUUCCUGUCCCGCCCGAAGAGUUCGGGCAGUAUGACUGGCAACGCGCAUCUUGCCACCUCCAAUACUCAAGACGUCGCUGCCAAGGUCGCGAGGGUACGGCAGCACCACCCGUUAGUAUCGAAAGCACGGUCUUCGGAGAGGCGUCCAUUCAAGGCAACGACGCCGUCAAGCCCGGUGUUAUUUAGACACGCGUCCAGCUGUGCGAGCCAGAGCACUCGGAGAUCGGUCAGAAGGAGCAGUUGCUCCUCCCGGCACUACUGGGACAUUGGCGCUGGAUCCGUAGGAACAGGCUCGAUGAUCGCAGCUGCUGGUCCUAUGGGAAGUUGGGGCGAGGUGUGA